UGUGUCUGAAUCCCCCCUUCUUCUUCUCCCUUCUCUCUCUCUCUCUCUGCACCUCUUUCUCUCUCAUCGAAACCCUCGACCAAUCCCCAAUUUCGCCCUCCGAUCCAAUCCAGUCCUCCCCCCAAAUGCGAGCCCUAGGAUCGGCGGCGCCGCCCUCCAAUUCCGGCCCCAGCUAGGGUUUCUGUCCCCGCUCCCCGACUACCCCGCUUACCUCGGAGUCGAUCGCGGUUAGGGUUUCGCUGCUCACUCCCUCGCCUCCUUCUUCUGCUUCUUUUGCUUGCUCUCGUCCCCAAUUUCAAUCGAUUCGGCUUCUAAUUCCGUAGUCAAAGUCGGAGUUUUUGCUUCUCUGCAGCUCGAGUUCUCGAUUGGUGCAAUUCGUGGCGGGGGCUUCGUGUUCCGCUUUGAAUCAGCUGCUUGAUCGGUCCAAUUUUGGUUCUAGUUGGAGUUUCGGUUCCAAUUGUGGUGUACUUGUAUAGAAUUGGCCUUCUGCUAGGGAGGUUGGAGUGCAAGUCAAGCUUUUCCUCCCCUUUUGUGCUUCAAUUUUGGAUUUUGCUAGUAAAAUUUGCCUCAGAGAUUGUUUAAGUUGCCCUCUGGGCCCUCCAGUUGACGGGAUCAAAUGCUUCCUCAACUAUCUUUUAUUUGUGCCUGAAAAAAAAAAGGUCUUUUUUGAGUCAGUUGUGAUGAAAUUAAGUUAGGGAGAGGAAAUUUGUAGCCUUUGAUUAAUGUACAUAUGGUAUGGUGCAUAGGAACUUUUAUGGGGUGUUUCGGAGUUCCUUGACUUUGGGAACCUAUUUCUGAUGUGGCUCUCAUAUUUGUAUGUUAAUAUUGAGGCCGGUUUAUAUGUGAGUGAUUAGUGGUUGGAAUGUGGGUGCAAGGUGGUAUGCUUCGGUAGCAACAGAAUGGCAGGAAGUGGAAGAGCAGAAUUGGCUUCAAAUAACCCGGAUGGAUCGGCAUUUACUUAUCCCAAUGGGCAGCGCGGAGUGUACUCAGGUUCGAAUCUGGAUAGGUCUGGAAGCUUCCGUGAGGGCUCGGAAAGCCGUGUUCAGGUUUCGGGAGCUGGAACUUCGAGAAACUCAGCUUCGGCUGUUGAAAUCCCGCCAGUAUCUCAAUAUCUGUCAUUAGAACCUUUAUCAACGGGUGAGCAAAAGUAUCCUCGCUCAGUAGAGCUGCGAAGGGUUCUCGGAGUUAUCGUCGAGGAGCAUUCAUUUGGCUCGGUACAAUCGAAGCCGCUCCCUCUGAUAGCUUUUGAGGAUGUCAAACGAUUCAAAACGAGCAUUGAAGGGUCAUCAACAAGAGCUAAGGAGAGGAUAAAGUUUCUGCAUGAAUCCAUGCAGAAAUUGGAUAAGUAUCGCAACUUAGUAUCGCGGAAACGACAAAAGAGUGAUCUAUCAGCUGAGAAGUUUGGUAGUUCGAAUUUGCUUAAGAUGGGAACUCAAACUUCUCAAAACCCUACAGAAUCCUUAAGUCUAAGACUGGAAGACCGGGCGAAAAAUGUGGCUCCCAACAAACGUUUUCGCUCAUCAGUGGCGGAAGUACGGCCAGAAGGACGUGGGCCUGUUUCUAUCAGGCAAUCUACUGUUGUAGAUAAGGAAAAGGUUUUGCUUUUUGAUAAGGAUAAUAAAACCAUGCUUCGAACAUGCAAUGGUGGACCUGUGGUGUCUGAGGACAAGCUUCGUGUUCUCUCUCCUGGUGGUGAAGUGUUGGAUAAAAAGAUGAGACGGAAACGUUCUGUCGGCACAAUGGUUAACAGAUCUAGCGAUGCUGAUCGAGAGGUAAAGCAGGCAGUUCAACAUAGGUCUAACAAUGAUAUCCGUCCGCGAAGUAGUGAUAACCUCAGCUUCAGACCUGGAUCUUCAAGUGGGGUAAUAGGAAGUACCAAGAUGGAUGGUAGUUCCCAACAGAGUGGUGCUGCUUCCCGUGUGAUGCCCAAGAACGAUGUGGAUAACGGCCCUGCCUCUAAUGAGAGAAGAGAACGUGUAACUGGCCUUGAUAAGGAACGGCUUCUAGCUAAGGGAAACAAGCAAAAUAUUUGUGAGGAUGCUCAAGUGGGAAGUCAAAGCCCUUUGACAAAAGGAAAAGCAUCAAGGGCACCAAGGACAGGCCCGACUAUUAUCGGGAAUUCAUCUUCUACUUUUCCUCGCUCCUUUGGAGGAAUUGACGGUUGGGAUCAAUCUGUCCCUGCCCCAAACAAAAUUCAGCCUUUACCUGGAAUGCCCCAUCAUAAGCGCCCUGUGUCCUCUGGACCAUCAUCACCACCAGUCACUCAGUGGGUGCGCCAACGCCAGCAUAAGAUCUCAAGACAAAGAAGAGCGAACAUCGUCCCUCCACUCCCAAACUUUGAUGAAGCCCCGACAACAUUUUCUGAAGGGUUCGUGCCUCCGGAUGUUGGAACUAGGUCAGCAUCCAUGGAGCCUUCUGGGCAUCUACCCACUAGGGGUAUUGCUGGUAGUUCCCAGCAAUUGAAAUUGAAGACUGAUAGUGUUUCUCCCCCCCUGGGGCUGUCAGAGAGUGAGGAGUCAGUUGCUGUUGAAAACAAGUUUAAGGACAAAGUAAUUGUUGAUCAUGGCGAUAUUGAGGAGGGGCCCGCCAGUGUCCUUAAGGUGACGACUUCGAUUGUGCCUACGAAGAAGAGUAAGGUUAAUUUGAAAGAAGAGAUUGGAGACGGAGUUAGGAGGCAGGGAAGGAGUGGAAGAGGUUCUAUGCAAUCUAAGGCAUGCUUACCCUUGUCCAAAGAGAAAUUGGAAACAGUGGACAAUACCAAACCAUUGAAAAGUGGGAGACUUGGUUCAGACAAGAUUGAAAGUAGGGUAGGUCGUCCUCCUUCAAAAAAGGCUUCUGAUCGCAAGGCUGGUGCUCGUCCAGCGCAAACUAUACAGAGUGGUUCCUCAGACCUGACAGGUGAAUCAGAUGAUGAUCGUGAAGAACUGUUAGCAGCUGCAAAUGCUGCUCGCAAGGCUAGCUCCGAUGCCUGUUCUAGUUCUUUUUGGCGGACAAUGGAACCAAUUUUUACUCGCGUCACUUCUAAAGACACAGACUUUGUGAUGACUCAGAUGGAAUUUGUGGAGGAGCUUGAUAGAAGUAUGUUCGACGUUCUUGAUGCUGAUCAUAGAGUGAUGGAUGACCAUCCAUUUCAAUCCUCACCUCGCUCUUCGGGACAAAAUAAAAUGAAUGCAUCCGGAAAAGUAGGAAAAGACCAAUGGUUGGAGAAAAUAGUUCCACUAUCACAGAGACUUCUUUCGGCUUUAAUUACAGAGGAUGAGAAUGAGUUGUUUGACUGCAACAGCGAAGAAGAUGAUGGCUUUGAGCAGUUUUCAAGUGACUAUUCACCUUAUGCUUCUAAUAGCCAUGUUGGAAAUGAACAUGGGGCCCAUGAUAUGAAAUCCGAUUUUGGGUUAGACUUUAGGAACCCAAAUAGUCAUUCAAUGGGUAACGUUCUCCCCAAUGUGUUUACAACUUCUAGCAACUUUAGGAGCUCAAACAUUCACACUCUUGGAACUGGUGAUGAUCUCUUACAAGCACAAAGCAAUGUUAGUGUGCCUUCAGAAAAUGGGCCACUUUCAGAAUAUGGGCCAACCAUUUCAACUCAGCUAAAUACUUCUCCACAAAAUAGUCUAUUUGAGCAUAUGUCUCUCAACGACAGGAUAUUAUUGGAGCUGCAGAGCAUUGGCCUUCACCAGGAGACAGCGCCUGAGCUGGAUCAAGGAGAACUUGGGGAGAUUGAUAAAGUUAUCUCAGAGCUAAAGAUGAGGCUCUGCCAGCAGGUGAAGCAAAACAAGAAUCAGCUACUUAAGUUGGAAAAAGCUCUUCAAGAGGCCAAAGUAGUUGAUGAUAGGACUCUUGAACAGCUUGCAAUGAACAAACUUGUUGAGGCGGCAUACAGAAAGCUACUGGGUGGUCGAGGUAGUUCAAGUCAUAAGGCUGGUAUGAGCAAGGUUUCAAAGCAAUUAGCCUUAGCCUUUGCAAAGCGAACUGUUGCCAGAUGCCAUAAAUUCGAGGAAAUGGGUCGAAGCUGCUUUAGUGAACCGCCCUUCCGGGAUUUGAUCCUCAAUCCGCCUACCACUGACCCUAAAUAUUUCGAAGCUGCCACUGAGCUACAUGGAGUUGGUCAGAAGCUCGAUGGAGCUCUAUUGGAUCAACAUCAAGGAUUAACUCACAAUCCAGAACAAACUUCAAUUAAGAACGACCCAACGCAAAUAAGGGGGAAGAAGAGAGAAGCCCUUCUCGACGAUGUUGUUAUGGCUUCGGCUUCACGUGCUGCAUCAACCAUCAUAAACACUCCUUCAAGUGGUCCAAAAUGGAAAAAAUCCGAUCAAAACAAAGAUUCAAAAAGCUCCACUGCAAAAGCCGGCCGCCCGUCUUUAAGCAGCGGAAGGGGCGAGCGUAAAACCAAGAUGAAGCAGAAGCAGAAGCUGUCCCAAAUAUCGGCUUCCUCAGAAGCAAAAGUUGUUGACCAAGAAGUUGAUACGCAAAACUCGGCUAACAUUGUUGUUCGAGAUCAAUCGAAGGAGAUAGAUGUCGGUAUAUUCACGGAAUCGAUCGACGUGUUAGAUGUUCCUGAUGGAUUAGGUGGGCAAGGGCUCGAUAUAGGUUCAUGGUUGAAUGUCGAUGAUGAUGCAUUGCAAGAUAAUGAGUUAGUUUGCCUAGAGAUUCCGAUGGACGACCUCUCAGAGUUGAAGCUGAAUUUCUAAAGAGAGCGAGAAGUAUACGUCAUGUGCAUAUAAUUUUAAACUUUAGAUCAGAUGCUAUUAGUGCUUUACUAUAGUGCUAACUAACCAAUUGAACUACCUUGGAGGUUAGGUAAAAAAAGAAAAAAAAAUUGUAACAUUGUUGGCGAUUCUUUUUUCGUAUAGCCUUUUUCCCUUUGAAUUUUCCUGGCAGAUCCCAAUUGUCUUCUGUCGCGUAGAAAAUGUCGAUUCUUGUAACAAAAUCACAAUCUCAAUUGAGAGUAUGUAGUUCUUCCAUUUGUAUUAUUUCAAGCUAGCGAUUCGUUCGUAGCUUUUUGUCUC